GUGGUUUUCUGUUGGGCGCCAUUUUGAUUCAAGUGUUAUCAAGGGGGGUUAACAGGCGUUGCUUUGUUACGUUUUGUCUGUUUUAACCAAUUUAUUCUAGAGUCGACUGACGUUUGACAGAUAUUAGGUCAUUUGAGUACACCGAAAAUGGCCACAGGAGCAAAUGCAACUCCUUUAGGGAAGUUGCACCCCAGUAUUGGUGCUAAACGAGGAUUUGACGCCGGGCCUGGUGCGGGGAACGGGUUGAUGCCAACACCGGGGCCGCCCGCAUCCUUUCCUUCGCUACAAGGUUUCCAGCCUUCGAUGCCAAACACAUCUUUUCCACAGUCACAUCAGUUCAAUCCAGGGACAGGUUUUUCGACUCAGGCUCAACAACAACCAGCUGCAGCGGCCGGACUAGCCAAACCAGAUUUCGGUCAGAAGAAACCAAGGAAGAAGAGUCGCUGGAGCAGCGAGACGCCUGAUCAGAAGACAGUCAUACCGGGCAUGCCCACUGUCAUUCCCCCUGGAUUGACUCGAGAUCAAGAGAGAGCCUAUAUAGUCCAACUGCAGAUUGAAGACCUGACUCGUAAACUGCGUACAGGAGACCUGGGAAUCCCUGUUAACCCUGAGGACAGGUCUCCCUCCCCAGAGCCUAUUUACAACAGUGAGGGCAAGAGGUUAAACACCCGCGAGUAUCGCACACGAAAGAAGAUCGAGGAGGAGCGUCACUCCCUCAUUACUGAGAUGGUUGGACUCAACCCUGACUUCAAGCCUCCGGCAGACUAUAAACCUCCAGCCACCAGAGUCAAUGACAAAGUUAUGAUUCCCCAAGAUGAAUACCCUGAAAUCAACUUUGUUGGUCUGCUGAUCGGGCCACGUGGUAAUACACUGAAGAACAUUGAGAAGGAGUGCUGUGCUAAGAUCAUGAUCCGCGGUAAAGGUUCUGUGAAAGAGGGGAAAGUCGGUCGAAAGGAUGGACAGAUGCUCCCAGGGGAAGAUGAGCCACUGCAUGCCCUGGUCACUGCCAACACAAUGGAGAACGUCAAAAAAGCUGUAGAACAGAUUCGCAACAUCCUAAAGCAAGGCAUUGAGACCCCUGAGGAUCAGAAUGACCUACGAAAGAUGCAGCUGAGAGAGUUGGCCAGACUCAAUGGUACACUGAGGGAAGAUGAUAACAGGAUCCUUCGUCCUUGGCAGAACUCAGAGCCUCGCAGCAUCACCAACACCACGCUCUGUACCAAGUGUGGUGGAGCAGGCCACAUCUCCUCUGACUGCAAGUAUACCAGCACAUUUGCUGCCCACAGAACAACAGGUGGCGAGCCACCACAGUCAGCCCAGGACAAGGCUCGUAUGGACAAAGAGUACCUGUCCCUCAUGGCUGAGCUGGGAGAGGCUCCAGUCCCCACGUCUGGUGGAGGACACUCCAGCACCCAGGGAGGAGCGCCGCGAGCCUCAGGUCCCAACAAUAACCAGCCACCACCGCAGAACAGGCCUCCUUGGAUGAGCUCUGGCCCAACUGAGAACAGGACCUUCCAUGGCAUGCAUGGAGGGCCUGGUGGCCACGGAGGACCACACAACUUCCCUCCCCCCAUGCCUAACAUGGGAGGGCCCCCUCUGCCUCCCAACCCCAAUGGCAUUCCUCCCCCUUGGAUGCAACCCCCUCCUCCCCCCAUGGGCCAGGGACCAGGACCUCAUGGACACCCUAUGGGUCUGCUGCCACCACCAAUGGGUAUGAUGCCACCUCCACCUCCUCCCCCGAGCAACCAGCCACCACCGCCCCCUUCAGGUCCCCUGCCACCAUGGCAACAGCAGGCUCCACCUCCCCCUCCAACCAGCAGCAUGGCAACCAGUACGCCACUGCCGUGGCAACAAAAUACCACCACUACGUCCAGCCCUGGCACCGGCACCCUGCCUCCAUGGCAGCAGCCCCAGCAGCCUGCAGCCUCCGGAGCCCAACCCCCACCACCCAUGGGCACCCCAUCCAUGGUUCCGCCCCCCCCUGGUGUCCAGCCCCCAUUGCCCCCCGGCGCCCCUCCUCCUCCCCCUCCACCACCUCCAGGUUCAACUGGCAUGAUGUAUGCCCCACCACCACCCCCACCACCCAUGGACCCUUCCAACUUUGUCACCAUGAUGGGGAUGGGGGUACCAGGCAUGCCCCCCUUCGGCAUGCCUCCUGCACCCCCACCUCCUCCACCCCAGAAUUAACCCUGCCACAGAAGAAUCAUCCUCCCACAAGAGUUUCAACGCUGCAACAUAUUGUUCACCAGAUGUCCAAUAGACUGAUCUUAUAUAGAGCGUUUAUGUGUGCUCACAGAAAAAAAUAUAACCAGUGCUUUAUUUUUUAUUGAUCCUUGAUAUUGUGAAGACAUCUCUGAUACAUUGAAAGGCAGUGUUAGUUCAAUUUGUAAAGUUAUGUAACUUAGUUAUUUUUCCUGUUUUUAAAGUUUAGAUUAACACAAAGCUCCUUGUGUACAUGCAAACACUGUUGCCUUUGGCCAUGUGUUCUGCAGUGCUAAAAUACUUUGUCAUGUUACUUGUUUACCAAAUAAACUGCUCAAAUAGUCAGCUGCAAAUUUAAUUUGUUCUGAACAGUCACAUUGCUUCAAAUGUUCAAGUCAAACCAGAAAACGUAACUUUGGAUUGGAUUGGAUUUAAUAUAUUGAAUUUCAGCUUGCAUGAUCCAUUUUAAACACCUCCUUUUGUUUAAAGUGACACAUUUAUACUCCUGUCAUGCUCCUAUGUUGGCUUUGAGUUGAAUAAGAUUAAUAUUUUUGUAAUAACGAGAUGUGAAGUGUAUCUUAGUUCUGUCAGAAAAACCUUUCUGUAGCACUGUCUCAGAUUGUUUUCCAGAAAUUUCCCAGGGUUUUAAAACUUUUUUUUUUUUUCCCUUUUGUUUUUUGUCUGUCUCAGUUGUGACACUGAGUUUGAAAAGGGGGUUUUGGUGCUGCAGUCAGUUUGCGUCCGACCCCCUGCACUACUUGAAUGCUGGGAAUCUGAUAUAUCCUUGUUUUUCUGCAUCUCUGUCUGCUCUGAUAAGAUGCUGUGUGCAGUGUUUGUGUUGCUUCUGCAAGGACAAAAGCAUCACUUUUGUCCCUCAAGUUAUUGGAGAAGAAAAAUGUUAGUUUUACUCUGUUUCUGGAAUCAGUCUGUUGUGUUAUGGCACUAGCCUGAAUGAAUAACUGUUGAAAUCUUGCUUGGUUUAGAAUUAAACUGAUCCAUUUCACCUUUU